AUGGAUCUGCCUCGUAGAGCCCCAACAAAGAUGACAGUGCAAGAUGUUCCUCGUGCCUUUCCCACAGUGGAUGUCCCAGAUCAUGCCCAUUAUACGAUUGGAGCUGUCAUUCUUAUAGUGGGGAUCACAGGAACGCUGGGUAAUUUCAUGGUCUUCUAUGCUUUCUGCAGGAGCAGGAGCCUUCAGACUCCAGCCAACAUACUCAUCAUCAAUCUAGCUAUUAGUGACUUCCUGAUGUCCAUUACACAGUCUCCAGUUUUUUUCACCAGCAGCCUCUACAAACAUUGGAUUUUUGGUGAGAAAGGCUGUGAGCUGUAUGCCUUCUGCGGAGCUCUUUUUGGCAUUACAUCUAUGAUCACUUUGAUGGUGAUUGCCUUGGACAGAUAUUUUGUCAUCACUAAACCUCUGGCUUCUGUUGGAGUGACGUCAAAGAAGAAGGCCCUAAUAAUCCUGGUAGGAGUCUGGCUGUACUCUUUGGCUUGGAGUCUCCCACCCUUCUUUGGAUGGAGUGCAUAUGUUCCUGAGGGUUUGCUGACUUCCUGUUCCUGGGACUACAUGACUUUCACACCAUCAGUCCGUGCCUACACGAUGCUGCUUUUCUGCUUUGUCUUCUUCAUUCCUUUGAUUGCUAUCAUAUACAGCUAUGUCUCUAUCUUUGAGGCUAUCAAGAAGGCCAACAAGUCUAUUCAGACAUUUGGAUGCAAACGUGGAAAUAAAGAGUUCCAGAAACAGUAUCAGAGGAUGAAAAAUGAGUGGAAGAUGGCCAAAAUUGCACUGAUUGUCAUCUUGUUUUUUGUCAUUUCCUGGUCACCAUACUCUGUUGUUGCUCUGGUAGCUUUUGCUGGGUAUUCCCAUGUCCUAACACCUUUCAUGAACUCCAUACCAGCUGUGAUUGCCAAAGCUUCUGUCAUCCAUAAUCCCAUCAUUUACGCCAUCACUCACCCCAAAUACAGAAGAGCCAUUGCAACAUACGUUCCUUGCCUUGGACCCCUACUGAGAGUUUCUCCUAUUGACUCACGGUCCUUCAGCAGUUACCACUCCUCCAGACGAACGACCGUAACCAGCCAGUCUUCUGAGAUAAGUGGGCUGCAGAAAGGGAAAAGGAGACUGUCUUCUCUCUCUGACAGCGAAUCAGGCUGUACUGAAACAGAAACUGAUACUCCCAGUAUGUUCUCCAGACUUGCCAGAAGACAAAUUUCCUAUGAAACGGAUAAAGACACAACUCAGACUAGUGACAUAAGAGCCAAACUGACAAGCCAGGAUUCUGGUAAUUGUGAGAAGACAGCUGUGGAUGCUGAUGACAUAUUGAUGGUGGAACUGAAUAUCACAGAGUACAUGGCUACACCUACUCAAACAUCUAAAACAUGCAGCUUGGAGGAAAUCAAGAGAAGUGAGAGCCUGAACAGUAUUGGACAAAGAAAAGGAGAGUCUCACCAGGGGUCAUCUUCAGCCCAGAUACCCAGUAUUACAGUAACAUACAGCAGUGUCCAAGGAGAGCUGCCUUCUCGAUACAACUCUGGUUUUCUGUACCCUAAAUCCAGCAGUCACAAGCAGAACAAGAAGUCCAGCAGUUGA